GUUAAGUGUAUAAUCUAUGGUUGGUAGUUGUCAAUUGUUAAAUUUCUAGUUUAGUCUAUGCGUCUGCUGAGUUAUUUACCUUUGGAAUACCUACAUAUGUUUUCCCCUUUAGUUCUAAAGUGAUUACAGUGUUUUCAUGUGUUUUUAUUUUAAAAUGUAUAUCUCUAGAUAUAGCUAACAACUUUAGCGAACUUUACAGUCAAAUAUUCAUUGAAGUGUAAAGGAAAUGAAAUUAUACAUUGAUUUUUGAACAUGCAUUUCUCAAUACCUGAUUUACAACAAUUUUACGAUGACAAUGGUACUUCAUAUACGGGAUACAAUAUAUAUAUUGAUGGAUUUUUCCAUUGCACCGCCCGCUAUAGACAGUUGCUCAGUCUCCAUGAGCAGCUGCAAGCACAACACUCAUAUGUUAGACUUCCACAAUUUCCACCGAAGAAGUUGUUCCUUACCAGUUCACUGCUGGAAGAAAGGAGGAUCCUGUUAGAGAAAUAUAUACAAAUGGUGGGUCAAAUUCCUGUGCUGGCUAAUUCAGAUUUACUUAUAACAUUCCUGUUUUCUGCUCAACAAGAAACUCACUCUGUUAAAAUGCAUGAAGUUGAAAUAGAAAUAUCCUUAAUGAAUGGCUAUAGAAUACCAUUGUCUGUUUCUUCCACUGAUUCAUCAAGUACUUUACUGGAUAUUGCUUGUAAUUACAUUAAUUUAUCAAGUGAAUUAAUAAAAUAUUAUUCAUUAUAUUUAUUUAACUGGAGUUGUGCUAAAGAUGGACAACCUUCAAUGAAAAAAUUAGAAGAAUAUGAAUCUCCCUACAUAUCACAAAAAUAUGUGAGACCCGAAGAUAAAAUAGUUUUAAGAAAAAGCUACUGGGAUCCUAAUUAUGACGUUGAUCUUAUGAUUGACAAUGUAUCUUUAGACUUGUUAUAUCUACAAACAAAUGAAGAGCUAGAUCUUGGCUGGAUAAUUGCAGAUGCUCAAACUAGAGACAUUUUAAGAAAAUAUGAAGCUAAAAAACAAAAAAGAGAGUUUAUGGAAUUAGCGCGCUCGUUGAGACAUUACGGUCGUAUUCCAGCUGGAGAAGCGGUGACAGACUCAGUAAACGUAUCUGGAGAUAAUUCUGACAGCACGUGUCGUGUUCGUGUUUCUCUUGCUGCCAGGGAACUGACUCUGACCACGGUCACUCAGCCUCAAAGGGAACAACGGUUUAAAGUUACACGCAUGAGAUGUUGGAGAAUCACGACGUUGCACUGCAUGGAAAGGCCACAAACUAACGGACAUAGUUCAGAAAACGAAGAACCAAAUAAAAACUUUGAAUUAUCCUUUGAAUAUCUAAUUAGCAAGGAUAAUUUACAGUGGAUAACCUUGAGGACGGAACAUGCCACAUUCAUAAGCGUCUGUUUACAGUCAAUAGUUGACGAGUUGAUGCGGCAGAAAAGCGGCGCAGGACCAACGUCCCCUCGAUGCGAGAAGCGCACCCAUCUCACAUAUUUGAGGAGGGACGGCUCCAGUCAACUUAUCUCGCCGUCCUCCUCCAGCGAUACGCUCAGUUCUAACAAUGCCGACUCUUCAUACAACUCAACUAGUUCCAAGGAAAUAUUUUCAGUUCAAAGACUAACCGAGAAAUUCGCAACUGUCGCCUUCAAAACCGGAAAGGACUGUGUUGAAAAUAACGCUUUCGAAGCUAUCGGCGAUGAGGAAUUGUAAAUGUGUAUUAUAGUCGGGUGUAUUGGAAACGUUCCGGAAAACGAAGAGAAAGUAAAGUAGUUCUAAAAAAUCGCGACAAAUUUUUUUUCCUUGUUCUGAUGUGUUCUCAUAACAUUGCGAAUUUACUAAAUAUCAAUUUAUUGAAACAAUAAAAAAACUUGUAUUAUCGUUACUCUUCUACGGUAAAAUAAUCGAUUUCGGUUUUGGGAGCGGUUCUAACACGCCUCGCAUUAUUGAAUAUCGAAUUUAAACUCGAAAUUUUUUUAUUAGUAAAUUAACAUGAACAAAGAUGAGUGUAGUAAAAAAGUAGUUAAGUUGCACAAAUAUGAAAAAAGUUAUAAAUAAAUAUAAAACAUAUCUCAUAAUUUUUAUCUUAAAAAUAUAUCAAAGUAAUAAUCUCUUAAAUAUUACUAUAUUUGUAGUAUAAAUUUAGGGAUGGCAGAUAUUAUUGUUCACAUUACCGUAUGGGUAAAAAUGACCGCCUGUGAGUGAGCCAUGUCUGCCAAUGUUAGCGAUAUAUAAAAUACUAUUUGUAUUGUAAAAUCUACUUUCUUGUGGAAUUCUGCAUUAGCCAUUAAGUUGUCUGUUCAAUUAAGUAUUAAGUUUUGUAUAUCAUAUGAAUCUAAAAUAUUUCUAUCAUAAUUUAAUAACAUGGUAUCCCAUUAAUGUAUAGACUUUUAUUUACAUUAUUUUGUAUAGAAAUUCGAUAAAAGUAGUAUAUUAGGUUAAGUUAAUAUAAAGUAAAAAAAAACUAUCAUUUAAUAAUUUUACAUUCAAAAAAUGUCCAAAUGAAUUGAACUGUAUAUUUAAACAAAAUCAUAUUAGUAUUUUUGUUAAGUAUGAUUGUAUUAAUGUAAACAGGGACCAAGUUAAUUUAAUUUUCAAAAUUACCUAUAUGGAUCCAGUCUAAAUAUGGAAAAUUGUUUUUCCCACAUAAAUUUUGUAGAUACUCAACAUUGAAAUGAAAACGUAUAUUUAGUUUUAACGCUUUAUUUAAUGGCCAUAUUUAAAUUAUGCAUACUAAAUAAUUUUACAAAUUUUUCUGAUCUUAAUUGUAUAUUUCUUGUACAUAAACAAAUGAAAUAAAUUUAUUUCUUAAUUACUUUCCAAGAGACCAUUGCCACAUAUUUAAAUUUAAUACUUUUUACUUAUUUAAUGAAAUAGGAAGUAGUAUUUUUAUUAAAGAUGGCCUUUAUGGCCACUUUCAAAUUGUUAUGAUCAAGACCAAAAAUCUGAUAUGUGUAUAGAGGGAUAGAGAUGACAAACUAUUUGGCACGAGUUAAUCUUUGAAAAUUUCAUAUUGAACAUUUAUCAAUAUGCACAACACAGGUAAAAUAAUACAAACAAUUAACUGCUAUAUUUAUUUUAAUUAAAUAAUACCACUA